AUGCUGGUGGCAGAGGUGCUUCUCGCGGGCUACCACUCGAGCGAGCUUGAUGCCCCAAAGGUGGCCGGAUUAGUUGCAAACCUUCUUUUGACAGACCUGGCCGAGACGAUCGCCAACAAAGUCCAGGAUGAGUUCGAUGGCAAGCUCAACAUCAUUGUCAACCUCGCAACUCAAUUUGAAGCGCGGCCCAUCCGUGAGCUUGAUGCCGAAUUCAUCCAGAGGGUCUUAGUGGGCAAUCUGCAGUCUUUGGCCCUGAUGAUGGACGCUCUUCUCAAACGAGACUACAUACAGCCUGAAUCUCGCAUUGUAAAUAUCUCCAGCGAUUGGGCUCGUACUGUAGCAGCAUCCUAUGUCGAUGCUAACUUUACAAGUGCCAUGUUGUACGCAUCCACCAAAUCAGCAAUGGAAUCCAUGACCAGAUCUUGGGCAGAUAUUCUGAGCCAGGACACAAAGACGUUGGGAACUACAGUGAACUCCCUCUCAGUGGGUGGCACGGCGACGGAUGCGCUCACUGGAAGUGCACCUUCGGAUAUGCGCGAAGCCGCAUUGAAAGUUCUGAGCGAGAGAAAAUCAAUCCACAACGGAGUCGGACUUCCAGAGGAUGUUGCCAAAGUGGUUGGUUUGGUCGUAAGCGAAGCAGCACGCUGGAUCAAUGGAAGUGUCAUCGCAGCCAACGGCGGCUCAGUCAAAAUUUUGUAA